CUCUGCCAUCCUACCAACUGGUCAGAUCUUAGAGAAAUUUCCAUAUUGAGGAUGGCCCUUCUCAGCUACCCUGUUCCAGAGUUGGAUGUUACCUUGCAAGAAGUGAGCCGUGUCCUGCAGCUCACUUUAAGCCCUGACCUUUAUCCUGAGUUCAAAAGUACGCUGGAACAGCAGAGGGAGCUCCUUCAAGAGGCCCAGCAAAAAUUUGCAACCAUUGCUGCAGGCCAAGAGAACUGGGUGACAGAGCAGUUCAAGAGAGGUCUGCUGUCUUGUGUUGACCCUCUGCCCACCUCCACAGCCCUCCCUGUUGUUCAUCUUCCUUCCCAAUCAAAACGAUGUACCCAGUUGGGGAGGGCAGCCGCUCUACUCUGGGCAGCAGCAAAGCUUCACAGUGAGCCCUUGUUACUGGAGGGCAAUGUGGCAAUGGAGCGCACACAGCAGUCUGAGGUAUUCGCUGCCAGCCGGAUUCCUGGCAGGCAUCAAGAUGAGAUUAAGGUCUACCCAGAUAGCCUCCAUGCCAUCAUCACCUGUGUUGGAGGAGUGUUCCCUGUUGACAUACUGUGGCGUCCCAGCACUGGUGGGCCAGUUUCUGCUCGAUCAUUCAAUGACAUCUAUAAACAGCUGGCUCAGGUGAUGGAUCAACCCCGAGCAGGAAAACAGAAUGAUCCCUCUGCCAUUUGCAGCCUCUCAGCUCUGGAGCGCAAAACCUGGGCUGCCACCAGGGAAGAGAUCAUGGGGCAAGGAGGGGACACAGCGGCAUCACUGGGGCUGAUGGAGAGUGCUGUGCUGACGCUGUGUCUGGAGGAGUGCAAUGCACCCUCUGAACUGGCUGAUAUUCUCAAUGCAGUGAGAUUGGGAGGAGGAGGAGACAGUCCAUGUCUGAGAUACUAUGACAAGGUGGUGAACCUGGUGGUGUUCAAGGAUAGCACAGCUGGGAUGGUGUUUGAACACAGUGCUGUGGACGGAAUGGUGGCUGGACUUGUGACUGAGCUUUUGUACAAUCUGUCAGAAACUGCUGAGCUAAACCUAGUCCAUACUGACGCAGAAAAUGUGAAUGGGUCUGUCAAAGUAAACAAUGUUAAUUCUGUUUGUCCAACUUCCCUAACAUUCUCCUUGCAAGGCAUCAAUACCCCCAAACCCAGCCCUGACUUAAAAACAACACACCCAGUUCUCACUUUUGAUGUGCCCUCCUAUCCUGAUGUUUUUUCUACUCUUAGAGGGCAGAGAGGCCUGUACGAUGCUUGGAUCAAUUUCUCUUUGCAGCUUUCCCUAAAGCAGACUCUUGGGGAAUCUGCUGCCAACCACAUACUUGUUACACCUACCCAUAUGCGCCACUACAAACAUGGCCGUUGUGAUCCUACGUACUCACUCACCAUGCUUUCUCGCAAGUUGGUAGGUACCUUGGCAUCAUGUAUUGGCCCAGAUAACACAAUCCAGUACACAACUGACCUCCUACACUUGUUCCAUGUUGCAUUUCUGGAACAUAAAAGCCUCAUCAGAAACACCAAAAAUGGUCACGGAGUCGGUCCCCACCUAGCUGCCCUCCGUCGCUCAUUGCUAUCUGACAACCCACUGAAGAAGUACCUGGACCCGUUUGGGUGUCCAUCUGUAUACCUCACAGGUACAGAUCUGAUGGAGGGUGUGGAGUGUGGAGUAGGGAAUGUUUAUGCCCAAGAUCAGCUUGCUGUAACCUACCUUGGGAAGAGAGACAAGGUUCGCAUUGUGCUUAAUGGGAAAGGGAGCUUUGCUCUUGUUCUGGAGAAGCUUCAAGAAAGCCUGAAGAAAAACCUGAAGCUAGUGAUGCUUCUAGCUGUUAGAUAUGCUAUUGCAUACCAAAUGGGAGCCCUGGAGUGUAUACUCCAACAGGGUCAAACAGAGAAAAUGAAUGGAGAGACAUAUCACUGUCCAGAGAGCCUAAACAAUGGCAAAACCAUUGUUGGCUCCACUUCUGGCAUGAGCCCAGACUAUAAUCUGGUGAUCCAUGGUGGCGCAGGAGAGGUGAUGAUGCUGAACACCGAAGUGAUCGGAGUUAUUGAGUUUUCUCUACAGACAGCCUUAACCCUUGGAACUCAAGUGCUUCAACAAGGGGGCAGGAGUCUGGAUGCAGUUCAGAGGUCAGUGGAAGCUCUGGAGGACUGCUUCCUAUUCAAUGCAGGUAAAGGCUCAGUAUUCAACAAAGAUGGCAAAAAUGAAAUGGAAGCAACCAUCGCAGAUGGCAAUGCAAAAGGGUCAGGAUCUGUUGCUUGUGUGCAGAGUGUGAAGAACCCAAUAAAAGCAGCCAGGUGUGUCCUUGAGAAAAGCUCACAUUCACUAAUUGUGGGAGAUGGGGCUGAGGAGUUUCUGCAGGGGUUGGAGGAGAAAGAGACGCCUGUUGGGCCUGAGUAUUUCUACACUGAUAUACGUCACAAAGAGUUAACUGCAAAGCUUAGUGGUGGAAAUACCUCAAAAAACAAUCACCCUCAGACAGUUGGAGCUGUGGCCUUGGAUCGUUGGCAUGGGUUGGCUGCUGCAUCCUCCACCGGUGGGUUAGUAGGAAAGCUGAAAGGGCGAGUUGGGGAUACAGCAGUAGUAGGGGCAGGAAUAUAUGCUGAUGACCAGGUAGCUAUUACCUGCUCUGGAGAUGGAGAUGUAUUUCUGAGACACACAGUUGCACAGAAAAUAGCUAGUCUCUACCAUCACAAAGGCUAUAGCCUUAGGCAGGCAUGUAGAGAAGUGAUGGCUGAAAAUCUGAAUGGGAUCUGUGCAGGAAUCAUUGCAGUGGACGCUAAAGGUGAUGCUAUCAUUGAAACAAAUGCUAGUGUGAUGUUUGUGGCCUCAAUGGUAAAUGGCAUUUCACGAGUUGAAGUCCUGAGGCCCCUGAAGAGCUUCUCUGAUGUGAUCUGGGAAACAGAUGAGCUGGUUGCCUACCUUGAUCCCAAACCCUGGAUCCCUGGGUCAACCAUUCUGACUAGAAAAACUCUUAGUGGGGCAAGUAGCAUCUUUCAGUUGGCUACACCUGAUUUUGUGGCUAUGCUACAAGGAGCAAGAGCUGCGUCAAGCUUGCUAUGUGAGCGUCUGGGAGUGCAGCGCUGUGCCUUGGUUUUUAACCCAACCCCUGAUCAGCCAGCAAAAAUCAGACUGCUCCCGCUUCAUGGCCUAGAGCCAAAGUGGCAGCCCCAUCUUGCCAAUGAAGAAGAAUUCCACACUCAUGAUCCUGGCUACUGCACCUCAAAAAGUGGCCCACGCUGGGAUGAUGAGGCACUGACCCAGGUUCAAGCCAAGAUUAGAAAUGGACUGCCAACACCAAAUGCACCCUCUUGCUUUGACUUUUUCGGAGAUGCUUCAAAUGAUAACCUGUUCAGUCGCAUUGUGCGUGGAGAGCAGCAACAAUGGAGAGUAUGGGAAGACAGUGAGCACGUUGCCUUCCUGACACCAUACCCCAACACUCCUGGACUAACUGUUGUGGUGCCACGCAAACCACUGUCCAGUGACAUCUUCAAACUAGAGGAAGCUGACUAUAAAGCACUGAUCUUAGCCACUCAAAAAGUGGCCAGACUACUAGAAAAGGGCAUGAGAGCUCGAGGUGUUGCACUGAUCUUUGAGGGCUUUGAGAUUGACUAUGCUCAUGCCAAGUUGAUCCCUGUGUUACCUUCACCAGUUGGUACUAAUCACGCUGAGCUGCAACCAGAAUGCUUCCAAAGCUAUCCUGGAUAUGUGUCAUCACUGGAUGGCCCAGCUGCUGACCCUGAGGCCCUCAAAAGGAUCCAUACAAAAAUUACCCAGUGCAGGCCUCCUCGUUCAUGGGAAGACCCACAGUCUCACUCCACACUUGCCAUCAAGAGCCAGUGGUAUCGCAACCUGUUCCGGAUUCAAAACACUCUUUUCCACAGUACAGUGGAAUAUUUCCACACUUCCUGCCAGUACUCCUACGCUCUGACCCCUCUCACCACAGACACCAUCUCCUCACCGAUGGGCUUAGGAUCUGACUCAGAACCAGUUUCUGUUAAUCUGCUGGGCCAAGACAUCUACCUGGCUGAUUCAAUGCAAUUUGUACUUGAAUACUUCCUUCGCUUCCAAGAGAAUCUGCCAGGGACGUACUACAUCUCUCCCAGCUUUAGAGGGGAAGAUCCUGAUGCCACACACUUGAACCAGUUCUACCAUGUGGAGUGUGAACUGUUGGGUGACAUGGACAAAGCCAUGUCCAUAGCAGAGGGAUACUUGGCACAUCUUACCAAGUCCAUGUUGAAGAAACACUCUGAUCUGAUCCUCAACACUGCAGGGACCCUUACACAUGUCACAGCCAUGCUGAGUAAGCUGGAUGGGAAGACCCCACUACCAAGAGUCCCUCUAGACAAGGCCAUUCCCAUGAUGCCCUCUGCUGACUGCUUAGAGUGGGUUCAAGAUGGCCAGCCCAAGUUUGGCAGAAAGCUAACACGCAAGGGAGAGCGGGUCUUGAUAGAGAAAUAUGGUGGUGCUGUCUGGCUGACUGAGAUGGAUCAUCUAGGAGUUCCCUUCUACCAGGCAUAUGUGGAGGGCACUGGGCGGUGCAAAGCCAAAGCUGCUGACCUUCUUCUGGGCCUGGGUGAGACUGUGGGCCUUGGUGAACGUCAUUCCACCCCAGAGAUGGUACAGGAGGCCCUGAGGCACCAUGCAGUGCCAGAGCAGUCCUACAAAUGGUACAUUAACAUGCGGCAAGUGAAACCACUCCUUACCAGUGGAUGGGGCAUGGGUACGGAGCGCUACUUGUGUUGGCUGCUUCAGCACCAUGACAUCAGAGAUAUACAUAUCAUUCCUAGGAUGAAAGGAAUGAAGUACAUGCCCUGAUCAUAAGUUCUCCACAGGUUUUCAAACGAUUAGAAGAGGAAUUUUACAAAAUGGAAUUAAACCAUAAAAAUGCCUCAAUAAUCCAGACUUUGGGACUUUGAUCCUCACCAAUGAUCUUUCUUUCUUUUUCCAUGGCUACAAAAAAACUCCCACAGCCCUCAAUUCUACCUGACCCUUGUGUCCUUAAAAUUAAAAUGUUUCUGUAAAUUGAGUGUUUUAACAUUGCAACACAAAGCAGAGGCAUCAUCGUAGAAAAGACACAAUUAAAUAAUUUUAGAAUAAGUUAAAAAUUAUGCUACAGCAAGUAAAUCAUUAAUUGUUCUUUAAAUGUUAACACUAAGACUUUGUUUUCUUUCUCAUAAGUAAAGCUACAGUACAAUUUCCCUGUAAACUGAGAAUACAUGAAUAGUGUAUGUAGAACUUGAACUGUUUCAGUAUGCUUGAUUCUUGGUGUAAGACUUAUUAACAGUGUUGACAAAAUAAUUAGUUAAGGGUAUAAAUUGUAUGAAUAAGUUGUGCAGACUAUGUUAGAGCAACAUAAAGAACACAUAUGUUCUUGUUGUAUCAUCAUUUAUGCAAACAAAUGUUUUAGUGUUCCUCAAUAUAAUGUUUUUUUUCAUGUU